CUCACUGCAAACGAGAGUUCUGCGACCUUCCUAUUGACCACCUUGCCCAGUGUGCCCGAGUACACACGAAGUUGAUCUAAAUUGCACAGCACCAAAUAAAGCAGCCGACGACAUGUGCCACGGCUGCCCACUUAUGCGCGCAUCACGGAUGGUUCAGGCAUGGCUGCAGUGCAGUUGGACACCCAAUCUUCGUCUCAAGGCGGAACACGCAGGAGCCUCGAGGCAAUCAUCACGUCUUGAUUCCUCCUCUUAAGUACACCAGAGCCUCAAGGCUCUGCGUCAGCACCUAUCCCCAACUCUCCUAUCAUGUCACAGUGGGAAUCAUUACCAACAUGGCUACAAAAUCAAGUCAAACAAAUCGAACGAGGAUCAUUAUCGUCGCUUGUGUCGCUCAAAUCGCUCAAUCGCUCAAUCUCUUCUAAAGGAUUCUCUGAUCACCUGCGUCCUUAUUUUCAAACUCUCAUUCCUCUAUUUUUUGUUCAUCUUGAUCCAAGGCUCGUCCCCCAUGAGAUCACUUCAGAUUCUGCCCAUUCAGUUAUGCUCGCUAAGGUGUCCAUCAUGGGCAUUAGUUGCCUGUGCGGAGAGAAUCAAGGGGAACUACGCGGUGCACCCCAAUUUCGUCAGAAGCUGUCCGACGCUAUACACUUACAUUGGAGCGGGGUAUCUGCAUGGGUUCAAUUUUUCUACCAUAAUUUCCUUGUCCCGCGGGAUGACCCAGUCGCACGCCUACACAGGAUCUACAGUGUAACCUCGCAGGAAGCUGCCAGCACCUCAAUACGGUUCAUCUAUGUGGCUAGCGUACUUCCUGGUGUUGUCGCACAUCUCUAUCGGACAACGCCAGAGAUCGAGCGAAUCAUCAUGGAACUCUGGUACUUGGUAGCGGACAUCAAACGCGAAGAUUGCAUUGUUGAUCCAUAUCUUCGCCACUGGCGUCAGGACUUCAAUAUGCUUCGCGCAUUCAUGGCCCAUGUAGUCACCUCGUGCGUGUACUAUGAGCCUCCUAGCACUCCUCUCCCGCCUUUGACAUCGCUCAUCGAAGCCGCUGGAGGAAGGACCCCUAUGGUUUUGGCUGCUCUCAAAUGCCUACGUUUUGCAGGAAAGGGAGCGGCUCAGAGAGAUCGCGACGUGGUCAAGCAUGACCUCGACCUUAGUCCCUUGAAUACUCUCUCGUUGACGUGCAAGCAAACGCUUAUCUUCAUGUUUGCUACAAGCCAGGCGGACCCUGUCAUUCGCGAACUCUUUCUCACACAUUCCUCGAUACGCACAGUUCUCAACACGCUGGCCGGAAUAGGAACACGUCCAGGUACAGAGCCUAACUUAGAUCCUACCAAUGAGAGCUUCUGUCAAAAGAUUGCGACAAAGCGGGCUGCCAUGGCUAUUGGCCAUCAGUACAUCUCCUUCGUGCUGGCGUGUUCUAAUAAUCCCAUUGAAACUGCUUGCCAUGCCCUUCGUUGUCGUCUUCUGGAGGUCCUCCUACGGAACUGUGUAUUCCCCUCGGAAAAUCGCUUGCACAAGUCCAGGUGGUCGGAUUACGACAUCAGGAUUUUUGAACAGUUGGGAGGGACGCUAAUCUAUGAGAGGGUCGUUCGUAUUGCCUCGAUAUCCAUGCAGUAUAUCGAUUCUCGGCGCCUUUAUGUUCAUGCCAUGCACGAUCCAACAUUGUGGGGCUCGUUGUUGACCUUCAAAGAGACCCUUUCGCAACGUUGGAGGAUUCUCUCUACAUUAACGCCGUGUACACGCCCAGAGUACGAACGAACCUGUGGAGGUCCCGGAGUAUGAACCUCUCCAUGUUAAGUUUGCUCCAUGCUGAUACCGGUCAUAGUGCACCAGUGCGAGCAUCAGACUUCAGCAGUGCGCUGGAUGCCAGA